AUGUCCGACAAAGAAGUUGGAAUGGAAAUUGUGAAACUAGACGGCACAAACUACUCCACGUGGAAAUUUGAAGUAGUGCUUGCGCUAGAAGCAAAAGAUUUGCUUGGUUUAGUGGAUGGUACUAUAGUGAAACCUGACGAAACGGAACUCAAGGCUUAUGAUAAAAAAUCAGCGCAAGUUAAGAUGUUGAUUCUGAAUACAGUUGCUAAAAAUCUCUGCCGCAAUUUGUACAACUGCUCUACUGCGAAGGAAAUGUGGGAUAAGCUGAAGGACUUGUACGAAAAUGCAAGUGAAGACGCUGCUCAAUCUGCCUGGGAACAGUUUUAUAAUUUCCGCAUAAGUGAAGAAGAGCCUGUUGCAAAUCAGUUGGAGAUACUCGAGAGUAUCUGUAGACGACUACAGGAUGCGGGUGAGAAACCGUCGGACAAAGCUGUCAUGACAAAACUGUUGCGCAGUUUACCUAUGAAGUUCUCCAUCUUCCGCCAUGCAUGGGAAUGCACUCCUAGUGCGGAAAAGACGAAGUCGAACUUGAUUAGCAGAUUAAUCAAAGAAGACAAGUUGUGUGCUGAGGAUGAAGUGUCGACGCUCGCGCUUCAAGUCCAGAAAACAUCCGUAAACGAUGCGAAGAAGAAGAAACGCUCCAAGAAAGAUAUCGAGGAGCUGAAGAAACGCACGCGCUGUGGAAUAUGCAAAGAAAAAUGCCAUUGA